GCCCAUCUUUAUCUUGGUUAGAAAUGUCUUAUCAUUCUCAUACAUGUUUAAAUUAGACCCCAAUUCCCCCUCAAAAAAGCACAAACUUCAUCCAUACAAAGUUUCAUUUCAUUGACAAGCUAUAAACUAAAGCCAAGUAUGAAGUUUGUGGCGACAUUAGCGUUGGUGAUCAUAACGAUCCUAGGCAGUGUCAUUGACGGGUAUAAUUGCAAGAUUGUACAAUUCAUCUUUGGAGAUUCACUAUCGGAUGUAGGCAAUAAUGAAUACCUCCCUAAAAGUCUUGCAAAAGCCAAUCUUCCUUGGUAUGGUAUCGAUUUUGGUAAUGGGUUGCCAAAUGGAAGGUUUACUAAUGGUCGUACUGUGUCUGAUAUUAUAGGGGAUGAUAUGGGUCUACCAAGGCCACCAGCUUUUAUGGAUCCAAAUUUGGAUGAAGAUAUGAUUUUGAAUAAUGGUGUUAAUUAUGCAUCUGGUGGUGGUGGCAUCUUGAAUGAAACUGGUGGUUAUUUCAUUCAAAGGCUAUGUAUGUACAAGCAAAUCGAGCUUUUCAAAGGAACACAGGAGUUGAUUGCUCGAAAAAUUGGCAAAAAUGAGUCUCGGAAGUUUUUCCAAGAAGCUCGCUACGUGGUUGCAUUAGGAAGUAAUGACUUCAUUAACAACUACCUAAUGCCAGUCUAUAGCGAUUCUUGGACGUAUAAUGACGACUCUUUUAUGGAUUACUUGGUGGGAACCUUAAGAGAUCAACUCAAGAUGUUGCAUGGCUUAGGAGUAAGACAGUUGAUGGCAUUUGGGCUUGGGCCCAUGGGUUGCAUCCCACUACAAAGGGUUCUGAGCACAUCAGGGGGAUGCCAAGAUAAAACAAACAAGUUGGCCAAAAAAUUCAAUGAUGCUACAGACAAGAUGAUGAGAGAACUCUCACCAAGCUUAUCUGGUGCUACCUACAAAUUUGGUGAUGCCUUUGAUGUUGUCAAUGAUGUCAUUAUCAAUCCUUAUAGAUACGGUUUUACAAAUUCAGAUUCGCCAUGCUGUUCCUUUGGGAGAAUUAGACCAGCCUUAACAUGCAUUCCAGCAUCAAUAUUGUGCAAGGAUAGGAGCAAGUAUGUAUUUUGGGACGAGUAUCAUCCGAGUGAUAGUGCUAACAUGAUCAUUGCUAAGGAACUCAUCAAGAAGUUCAAGUUUACUAGGGUUAACCAAGACGACAAUGGUCAAGGCGCUCCUUCCCCUGCACCACAAUCCGGUCCUGUUGCUGAUGGUCCUGCUGCUGCUGAUUCUCCCUCGGCAUCUGAUGCUCCCUCUGCUGCUGAUGCUCCCUCGGCCGCUGAUACUCCCUCUGCUGCUGAUGCUCCCUCUGCUAAUAGCUAAUUAGUUUCCCUAAUCAAGUAGUGCAUUUUUAAAGUACUAAGUUUACUAUAAUUAUUAUUAUUGAUGUGGUUUGUUACUGGUAGGUCAACAAAAAAGGUCUAUAAGUUGUAAUUGAGGUAUUAUUUUGUGCAACUAAUGUGUAGUUGAGCACAUUUGGUGGAGUUUUAGUUCUUUACUCCUUGUCUUAAUUUCAAACUUUAUAUAGGAAGCGAAAGUUAUCGAUCACAA